AUGUGCUCACUGGGCUCCUCUUGGGCGGCUCUUCGACGCAAAAUCCUUCGGGAAAUGGCUGAAGGGUCCAUCCCAUCUCGUGACUGCGAAUUAGGGAAGGCCUGUCUUGAGUCUCAAUACAUCUCAAUACAAACAUGCCAACCAAAACGCCUGUUGAACAGACCGCCCAGCUUUGCCUUCUUCAUUGUCGCCGCAAAAAAAAGGACAAAAGGUGCUCCGCCAUCCCACGCAGCUCAUACCACGGUGCUUGCUGGGAAAUGGGAGCCCGAACGCAUGGUGGUCCACGGUCGCUCCCAGUUGGGACGCCCGCCGUUUCACGGCGCGACCUUGGGAACCUCGGGAUGA